CUAGCUGUGGUUUCUUGUUUUAGCUUACGAGUCGCCUUGUGCUCCAAUUGGUGCACCGCCAUAGCUGAUUGUUGCAGAAAAGGACCUUCAAGAUCCUUAUCCGCCAUGUCCAAGCGCCAAAAGACCGAUGAAGCAUGCCCUUGCUGCGAAUUGAGAGCACGCCAGGCCUCGAGCUGGCAAUUCCUACCGCCGAACAUGGCGCCAAAAGGCGCCUGCCAGCAGUGCGUGCUGCCGCCGCCGCCGCCGCUAAGUGACUACCUGCCGCCCUUCGUCUGGCCGCGCACGGCGGCGGAGAUCGAAGGGCUCGCCCAAGGAGUGGAAAUAGACUUCACGUCGACGAUGGACCGCGUCGCCGCCGUCUCGGACGCGGACGCGUCCGUGGAGACGGUGUUAAGACCGCUCAUGGGCGCGCCGCACUACAAGACGAACAAGGCCGUCGUCGAAGCAAAGUUCCUCCAGCACUGCUCGACGGAUUCUGCCGUGAGAGAGGCCGCGGACAAGGCCGGCGCGCGAUUCGCGGCGCUCAAGGCGAAGGGCCGAACGGACCCGCGCAUCUACGGCCGCGUCUGCGCGCUGGCGGCGAAGAACACCGUCUCCGGUCGCGACGCGCACUUCGUGCAAGCAUUGAAAGCUGGCUUCGAGCGCAGCGGCCUCAACUUGUCGCCGGCCGACCAGAAGAAGUUGCAGGAACUGCGCGACGCCGACGCCAAGGUCUGCGGCCUCUUCAAGAAGAACCUCGCCGAGGACAAAACCGAGCUCCUGUUCGACAAGAAUGAACUCGAAGGGUGUUCUGAUGCCUGGAUCGCGGAGCGGACGAGGGACGGGAAAGUCGUCGUUACGCUCAAAUACCCCGAUUUGAUCCCUGUGCUGCAGCAGUGCUCCGUCGCUGCGACGCGGCGGCGCGUCUCGCGGGCGCGGGAAUGCGAGGCGUACGGCGCGAAUUUGGACUACGUGGCGGAAGGCGUCGCGAUCCGGAAGCAAAUCGCCGACCUGCUGGGCUACAAGAGCUGGGCGCAUCUCAGUACCGAGACGAGGAUGAGCGGCUCGCCCGAGGCCGUCACGGCCUUCAUGGACCCGCUGCUGGCCAAGGUCAAGGAGGGCGCGGCGCGGGACCUCGAACGCUUGAAAUCUCUGAAGGGUGGGGCCCUCGAGGCCUCCGACGUCAGCUUCUACUCCGCUAAAUUAUUGAAGGAACAGUAUGGUGUAGAUCACGAGGCGGUACGCGCCUACUUUCCUCUCGAUCAUGUGGUGGCGACGACGCUCGAGAUCUACCAGGAGCUGCUAGGCUUAGAGUUCAUCGAGAUCGAGAAGUGUGGACGCGGCGUCGCGAAGCGUCUUCCGAUCGUCGCGUCGAUGGCGUGGAGGGGAUCACGCCGUCACGCCGUCGCAGGUUCGACACGUGGCACCCCGCGGUGCGCCUCUUCCGCGUCAUUGAUGUGGCGACGAAGCAGAAGCAGGGGUUCUUCUACCUCGACUUACAUCCCCGCGACGGCAAGUACGGCCACGCGGCCAUCUUCCACCUCCUAAAAAGAUGGGGCGACCAGGUGCCGGUGGACUGCAUGCUUUGCAACUUACCAGCUCCCUCGGCCGACGGCAAGCCGGCGUUGUUACGGCACUCGAACUGCGUCACGUUCUUCCACGAGUUCGGACAUAUUAUGCACGGUUUAUGUGCUUCCGGUGAUGGCAACUCGACGACGCUGGCGAAAUGCCCGCGCGACUUCGUCGAGGCGCCGUCGCAGAUGCUCGAGAACUGGUGCUGGACCGUCGAAGGGUUGAAGCGCCUGUCGAAGCACCACGAGACCGGGGCGACGCUGCCGCGCGAUUUGCUGGAUAAAAUGCUCGACGCUAAAAAUGUCAACGUCGGGUUGAACAUGGCGCGGCAGAUCUAUCUGUCUACUUUGGAUUUGGAGAUCCACGGCACCGAUCCGCCGACGACGGCGGAAGGUCUGCAGGCGCUCGUCGAUCGGUUGCGGCCGGAGAUCUCGCUCAUCGAGAACCCGCCGGGCGCGAACAUGCUACGCUCGUUCGGUCACCUCAUGAAUCAAUACAGCGCCGCGCUGUGUGGAAAUCAAAAUUUUACGGCGCGUUCGCGUCGACUCCAUGCCAUCGACGCGCCGAUUUCGACACAGGUGCCGCGUAUUAUGGCUAUCUGUGGGCGGAAGUGCUCUCGGCGGAUAUGUUUAGCCAGUGUUUCGAGAAGGACCCCUUCGACGCGAAGGCGGGCCGGCGCUACCGGGACCUCGUCCUUGCGCCGGGCGGCGUCGGAAAGAUCCUCGACCACCUCACCACGUUCCUCGGCCGGCCGCCGUCGCAGGAGGCGUUCCUCAAAAGCCGCGGCAUCGCGUAAACAUUAGUUCUAC